AUGGGUGUACCGGAUAAUGGCCCUGUAAUUGCUGGCGUAACAUGGAUGUUGACGGUAUUGAGUGGUGGUUUUUUGGCUGUGAGGCUGUAUGCGAAGACGAGUCGCAGACAAGGUCUUUGGUGGGAUGAUCACAUCUUGACCAUUUCAUGGGCCCUUCUACUUGCCCAGGCCGCCAUCACCCAAGCAGGACAGCAGUUGGGGUUCGGAAAGCGAAUGGAAGAUAUUCCAGUCAAGUACCUUACCACUAUCUCCCUCGGCAUGUCCGUUGCCGCGUCGAUAUCUUGUUUCGCAUCCACAUUUUCGAAGAUAUCCUUUGGCGUCACGCUACUCCGCCUCACGACAAGCUACCUGCGCUGGUUCGUAUGGUUCUGCAUCGUGACUCUCUUUCUCAUAAUGCUGCCAAGUGCGCUGGCUACAUGGGUUCGGUGCCACCCGAUGGAGAAGGCCUGGAACGACACUAUUCCAGGGACCUGCUGGGAUCCCACUCGCUCCGUGAACUAUGGUAUUUUCAAUGCUGCGUGGUGCGCUGCGGCGGAUUUUGCGCUCGCGCUUUUACCAUGGUAUCUGAUAUGGGGAUUACAGCUGAAGCUCCGCGAGAAGAUUGGAGUGGGCAUUGCUAUGAGCAUGGGUGUAUUAUCUGGUGUUUGCGCAAUCGUGAAGGGGGUGUAUGUCAUUCAACUUGGCCAGAAAGACUUCUCAUACAACGGCAAGGAGCUCACAAUCUGGACUGCCGUCGAGACAGCAACCGCCAUUAUUGCCGCUUCCAUUCCUGUCCUCCGUGUGUUCUUCAAGGAAACCAUAUCUUCUUAUUCACGCUCGCAUACCCGAACAAACAAAAGCGUACCGCUGUCAAGAUUAAACCAAAGUCAACACUCUACAACUACCACGACCGUGCACGCGAUGGAAAAAGGAAAAGAGGGCCGGUGGACUGUGAUCGAGGACAAUGGAGAUGACUCGAGUCAGAGGGGUAUAUUAGACGACGAAGAGAUGGGAAGAGUUCGCCGCUUGACGGCAUACGAGGACGAUCACAUCAUGCAGACAAACACCGUUACGGUGACGUUUGAGAGCGAUGCUCGGUCUGAUCACAAAGCUAGAUCGUUUCUGGGUAUAGCCCGCUGA